UUGUAAUGUUAUGUGCCCUAAAUCGAUGAGAGCAUUGAGGAGCAUGAAGGCGAUGCUCGCCUUGGGUGGGAUUACUGCGGUGUGGCUCUUCUUCCAAUGGAUCAUGCUUCUAGUUCCAAAGCCCUGGGUUUCUCUAUCGCAUGAAGAUAAGAGCACAUUGAAGGAGUUCCAUGGUAAAUUUCAUCAGUGUGUUCGAACAAACGGGAUUGGAAUCUACAGCAGGUCUAUGGAUUACUGCACUGCAAACUUCUACUUUUCUCAUGAUACUGAAGCGAAAUGGACGGAUCCAAAGACUGGAAAUCUCGAGCCUCUCACUUACAAUCUGGAUUUGUGCGAGGCAAUGAGAAUCUGGGAACAAGUUCGCAACAGCAGUACGAUUCUUACAAAGGAAUACAUCGAUGGUUUACCAAAUGGCUGGCAUGACUACGCUUGGAAGAGAAUCAACAAAGGCAUUUUGCUGAGAAAUUGCGAGGAUAAAAAGCUGUGCUUGGAUAAACUAUCGAAAGUGCUGCCAGAUACUCCACCCUUUGUGCCUCGUCAAUUUGGACGCUGUGCUGUUGUGGGAAAUUCUGGUGACUUGCUCAAGGCAAAGUUUGGCAGGGAAAUAGACGGCUUCGACGCUGUAGUAAGGCAUAAUGGUGCUCCAAUAGAGAACUAUACAGAUUAUGUUGGCUCCAAGCGUAGCUUUCGACUUCUCAACCGCGGAUCUGCCAAGGCGCUGGACAAAGUAGCAGAAUUGGAUGGAACGGGAAAGGAAGUUCUGAUUGUCAAAACCACGAUCCAUGACGUGAUGACGAAAAUGAUCAAGGAAAUACCGAUCAUCAAUCCAGUUUAUUUGAUGCUCGGUGCGUCCUUAAGCUCUUCGGCAAAGGGGACCGGCGUAAAAGCUUUGGAGUUUGCAUUAUCAGUUUGCGAGACGGUGGAUAUCUACGGAUUUACUGUCGAUCCUGGCUACGUUGAAUGGUCUCGGUAUUUCUCGGAAUCAAGAGGCGGUCACACUCCGCUACUGGGAAGAGCUUAUUACCAAAUGAUGGAGUGCUUAGGACUAAUCCGGAUCCACUCGCCAAUGCGCUUGGCAAGGGGCAGCAAAAGUGGCCAAGUUCCCAGCAAAAGCACUCUUGAUGCUGCAAGAAGAGUUUCUCAAAAGAUAGUGAGGAACGAUGCUCACAGUGAUCCACUGAGCUCUUGUUCUAUAUGGAAAAAGAGGUCGCACGGCCAUCGCCGUGUGCUUCCAGCGAGUAAAAAAGCGGCCGAGCACGAUAGAGUCGUAAAGAGCGUCACUCAGUACCCACUAGAGCAUGGCACUGGGAUGCUUUGUGUCCAAAGCUAGCGCGUUUGCUCCAACCUUUCAAGUCCCCACAGGUGGGCGUUUCGAAUCCCGACGCGUGCAAAGCCUGCUCCAUUGCCACGCGUCAAAAUUAUUUCCCUUCUCGGAUACGAGCAUUCAAAAAAUUUCUUUUUUAUGGCG